CUUAAUUCUACUUCCUUACAACGUCUAAUUACCGUAAAUAUGUCUGCCCCAAUCAACAAGGAAAAGGUUCAACAAGAACAAGAAGAGAUCCACAAGAUCAGAAUCACCUUGACUUCCACCAAGGUCAAGCAAUUGGAAAAGGUUUCUGCUAACAUCAUCAACAAUGCUGCCCAAAACAACUUGGUCAAGAAGGGUCCUGUUAGAAUGCCAACCAAGGUCUUGAAGAUCACCACCAGAAAGACCCCUAACGGUGAAGGUUCUAAGACUUGGGACACUUACGAAAUGAGAAUCCACAAGAGAGUCAUUGACUUGCAAGCCCCAGCUUCCACUGUCAAGAGAAUCACUCAAAUCACUGUUGAACCAGGUGUGGAUGUUGAAGUCACCGUUGCUGUCUAAGCGACUGGUGUGGCUCCAACAAACCGUCGAUAGAAUAAUUUGUUUCUUGUAGCGUGGUGCUUGAUGGCGAUGUGGUUUGAUGAGGAGUGAGAAACAUCUUUUGUUUCUCUACAGUGGUGAUAUCAUUUUCAAAUGCUCUAGGCGUGCCGUGUAUUUAUUAUAGCAUGUUGUGAUAAUGCACAGACGUUGCGGUGUUAGCUAUCAGGAUUUGGCGUGAUUGGUUAAGUAUUUAGUUUCAAGGAAUAUCUAUUGGCUUGUAUAUUUACAAUGAUAUAUCGGUACAAACAAAA